ACGAUUCAGGAGAAUCUUUCUUUAGCCUUUUUGUUUGUUUUCCAUUUUCCACCACUUUCUCUCAGCCAAGAAAAGAAAAGAAUAGUAAAGGGCAAAAAGACACACAAGAACCUAUAGUUUCCUUCCUCCCAGAGCAUGUCGGCGUUUCUAUUCCAUUUUCAUUGUCGUCUCUCUCUUUUUCUCUUACUCUCUCCUCUUUAUAUCAAAAUUCCCCAAUUAUAAAGCACUUAUAUAUCUAUCCCUCUGCUGGGUUCUUUUGGUUCAUUUUUGAAUUUGAAGCUAGCUAGCUUUCUUCGUCACUUCCUCCUCGUCCGCAGGGUCUUCACAGUCAUGUCGUUCAGAGGGAUCAGAGGGCCAAAUGCUUCUUCUGGUAUGGGCGUAGCUGAUCACAGCAAAAACACUUUUUUGGAACUGAAGAGGAAGAAGGCUUACCGUUAUGUGAUUUUCAAGAUUGAUGAGAAGAAAAAGGAAGUGGUGGUUGAGAAGAUGGGUGGUCCAGCUGAGAGCUAUGAUGAUUUUGCUGCAUCUAUGCCUGAAAAUGAUUGUCGAUAUGCUGUCUAUGACUUUGAUUUUGUGACUUCAGAGAACUGUCAAAAGAGCAAGAUAUUUUUCAUUGCAUGGUCACCUUCAAUUUCUCGAAUCCGUGCCAAGAUGCUCUAUGCCACAUCCAAAGAUAGAUUUAGACGGGAGCUGGAUGGUGUCCACUAUGAAAUUCAGGCCACAGACCCUACAGAGAUGGAUCUAGAGGUGAUUAGAGACCGGGCAAACUAAAUUAUGCUCCAGUCCCCCGUUCAAAUAUUCCCUCCUCAGGAAAAAGGGGCUCCAGCCGACUUCUGGAUUAGUGCUUCCUGCUUCAUUAUGUUAUGUGCAAAACCCAUUCCCAAUACAGCAUAAUAGUGCAUAAUUCUUAAAUAAAUUGGCACAUGGUCGCAUGGAGAAACCGAUAUGAAACCUGAGAUAACAUUAUCUGAUUACUGUGAAAUUGGGUUGGGGUGUGUUGUUUCCUGCGUCUCAUGUGAAAGAUGGAUUUCUAGUUGGGUAUUGCUAAUGAAAUAUGUAAUCAUAUAACAUUCUUAUGUCUUAUGGAUAUUCAUGAUCUGUUUCCUUUU